CUUACAUAAGCAAAUCACAACGAUUCGUUGAAGCUAGCACACACACACACAUCCCUCUUUCGGCCUGUUACAAAAUUUUUAAUUUUACAAAAUCGUAAAAUAAAUCGAGGAAAGUUGAAAAAUUAAAAGUGCCCAAUACACCCAGCAUAACCAAUCGCCACGAUGACCUGCACAUUGGUACUCCUGAUUGCCAGCGUUCUGCACUUCCGAAUGCGUGGCAGUUGUCUGCUGGACAUAGAGCGUUUCCCGGUAAUUCCCGGCACCAUCUACGCCGGCCACAUUGCCUACUGCGCCAUCCUAUACUUCCUGCACGACCUGGAGAUCCUGCCCACGCGCUAUCGUAGCCGGAUGGGCUGGCUGACCACCUUCCUGAUCGAACUGGUGUUGGGCGUGGCCUUCAUGGAGGUCCUGGCCCUGUGGCUCUGGUGCAGCGUGGAGCACAUCCUCCACCUGUCCACCCAGUUCGUGCUGCGCCGCUAUCUGGGCGUCUCCACCGAAGUCUACCAGCGCUGGGAGUGGGCCAUCAUGGGUGGUCUGAUGACCACGCUGGCAGCCAUGCUCUGGAUAAACGCCUUCGAGGCCACGGAGACAACUAAAGCAGAGAGGGUGUCGAAGGAUGUCAAGGACAUCCGGAUGAAGGCGGUCCUGUGCCAGCGGGAGGAGAAACAGAAGCAGGAUCACGAUCUGGAGAAGAUUGAGCAGCCUGCUCCAGAGCCAGAGGAGUCACAAAAUCCUGAUGAAGUGCAGCUGCCGGAGAAUCAUCUAAAGCUGCUGGCCACCACCACUGAUUGCUAACCCCUUGUCGUCGCCUCCUGCAACUUGGGCUGCAGACAAAAAGACUUCGCAAAGCGGCCUCAAUUAGACGAACGAUCAUGCCGGGACCAGACCAGACGAAGCAAAUGUAUUUAUUCCAGCCAGAUGGACUCGAAAGGCUCUAAAAGACCGUGCCAAAGGAUACUGGGAAUGGGGAACGGGGCGAAAUGAUGGACUGCAGUAAAAUGUCUAUGAAAAUUGACUUGGUGUCCUGGCAUUGAGAGGCAGUCGGGCGGAAGGAGCUGCCAGCGCCUGGAUGCGCGUCAAUUGACAAAUUGUCGGCUCGACUGGCCCAUUCGUCCUGGUUUUGCCUUGCUCCCCGUGCUAGGCUUGCUCUCAACUUCCCAAAACCAAUACGAAUGCCAAAAUGCCAAAAAUACAAUCCCGGGCAAUUUUAGACCCAAACAGAGCAG